UGGCAGAGGGGGGUGGAGGACACUGAGUGGAGGCCAGUGGAGGGAUUGGCAGAGAGGAGUGGAGGACACUGAGUGGAGGCCAGUGGAGGGAUUGGCAGAGGGGGGUGGAGGCCAGUGGAGGGAUUGGCAGAGGGGAUGGAGGCCAGUGGAGGGAUUGGCAGAGGGGGGUGGAGGACACUGAAUGGAGGCCAGUGGAGGGAUUGGCAGAGAGGGGUGGAGGACACUGAGUGGAGGCCAGUGGAGGGAUUGGCAGAGGGGGGUGGAGGACACUGAGUGGAGGCCAGUGGAGGGAUUGGCAGAGGGGGGUGGAGGACACUGAGUGGAGGCCA